GCAUCCACGCACGAUCGAUCGCCAUUGCAGAGAGCUCGCAACCACAGGCUAAUUUAAUUAGCACCAGAAAUAUGGCUUCUUCCAAGAUGACGCUGCUCCCCGUCCUCCUCCUCCUCGCCGCGGCCUCGCCGGCGGCGCUGGGCGCCUUCGACGUGAACCAGAUGCUCGCCGACAAGUCCCAGUACGGGUCGUUCCUGAAGUUGCUGACGCAGACGAAGGUCGCGGAGGAGACGAACCGGCUCAAGUCGGCGUCGCUGCUGGUCCUCCAAGACAAGGCCAUGAAGCCGAUCACGUCGCUCCCCGCCGACAAGCAGCGGAUGGCCAUGGCCAACCACGUCCUCCUCAAGUACUUCGACCCCAUCCAGCUGGGCGAGAUGAAGGACCGCACCGCCAUGCUCCCCACGCUGCUGUCCAACACCGACAAGAAGCUCGGCGUCGUCAACUACACCAAGGCCAGCGACGGGCAGAUGUACCUGGGCGCCCCCGGCGCGGCCUGCGUCGCCAAGCUCGUCAAGGUCGUCGCCGCGCGCCCCUACGCCAUCUCCAUCAUGGAGGUCAGCGAGGCCAUCCUGCCGCCCGCGCUCGGUGGCAGCGGCGGCCCCGGCCGGCGCGCCAAGGGCGGCAAGGGAAAGGUCAAGCCGAAGUCCAGCGACGCCGACGAAGCCGCGGCCAAGCCCGCCACGGAGCCAAAGGCAACCGAUGUCCCUAAGUAAGCCGGUGGCAAGGUCGACGCCGAUCGACGCGCUCGUCCGUCCACGUACAAGUUUGGAAUUGGAUAGCGCAAUAACCACGCACGGCUAGGCGUAAUGUGUGACGACACGUACGGCGCAUUACCAGUCUAGUAUACCAUCACCUUUGACCUGUACUGCUAAUUUUCAGUUUAAUUUGUAUUCGAUCAAGUACGUGAAAUUGGGUCGAGUUCGAUCGAUCGGUUGUUUCAUACGAACCGAGUUUUGUACUGCUACUAAUUAAUGUAAUGGCUUAUGGCUAAUGCAAAUAUUUGCAUGUA